UGGAAAUACACAUCCAGUUCAUUGGGCCAGGCCUUUCCCUGGAGUCCAGGGCACUGUGCAUUCUCUCUCUGUCUUUUCCAUAGCUCUGGGAGCUUGACUCCAUCUCGAAGGCGUUACCGAGCCGAUGAAGGCUUUCUGACUGUUGGAAAACAGGCUGCCAGGUGGCCAGCAGGUGGGUGACUUUAAGGUGACUACCAGUCUAGGCUGGAUUUGAAUCAGCUACCAGAGGUGAGAAGCACCUUGCUCCAUUGCCAGCCUACGAGCGUUGUCUGUCCAUUUGUUUUUCACGGGUAAGUUCCAGGCUGCUUGGGAAGGGCUCGUCUCUGGGUCUGGCGUGUCCUCUGUCUUAUUGCGACACAGCCGGCAAUCCCACAUCCCAGCAGUGUCACUAGGAGAGCCACUUGGCAGGGCAGGCGCUCAGCAGGCUGGAGUGGGUUAGACUUGGAGAUUUGCAAAUGUAAAUGAUAUUCAGUAGCCUGUGUGUGUGUAUGCGCACGUGUCUGUGUGUGUGUGUGUGUGUGUGUGUGUGUGUUUACCCUCCUCCUUCAUACUCCCUUUUGCAUACUCUUGCUUUGAGCAGAUGUGGGCCUGGGGAUCAUUGGGGGCCCGACUCAGGGCGGUGGAGAGGAGUCUGUGACUGAUUAUUCACAGCUUCCGUCUCUCCCUAUUGGCUCUGGAGAGCCUAUGCUGAGCUGGGGCUCAGUGACAGGAGGAGGCUCCUUGUCAAUAAAAAGAGGGGAUAGAAAGAGUAGGGCUGUAAUUCCAAAGGGGAACAAGCAGAGCUCUGCAGUCCUUGGGCUACAAAGCCAAAAGCUACAGCUGCAAAAAGGGAGCAGUUUCCUCCCUCCCACCUUCACUGAUGACCAGAUAAACCUAAAGCUGAGGAAAGGAGAUGGACAGAAUCUGCUGAGACUCUCAACUUUCCAAGAGCCUGCAGCUCCCAGAAUCAACUUUCCACCCAAACUCUGCCCCAGGCGGGGAGCUCUCCAGAAACUGAGAGGAACACACAGGAAGUGCCCAUUGCGCAGAAUGGAGUGGCAGGUCCUGGUGUUGGCUCUUUGCAUGGGUUUGGCUCAUUCGGCCUUUGCAGACUGUGCAGCCCAGUGCUCCGUGUGUGCUGUGCAGACCCAGGAUUUGGAGAAGCCCCUCAGUCCUCUGAUCUGUUCGCUGGAGUGUCACGGUUCCUUGCUGUCCAGCGCAGAGUGGGAGAGGUGCCAGACCAUUCUGGCUCUCCUCGCCCCACUGAUGGUGGAUGUGGGAGGCCAGGGCCUGUCCCCUCUGGAGGCUGAGGCCACGGCAGAGCCAGAGGGGAGCCCCAUCGCCGGCGAGUUCCCCAGCGGCCUGGUCAAACGCUAUGGUGGCUUCAUGAAGAAACUGGACAAGAACAAGAUUUUCUCCCUCUUGCGUGAGAACGCCCACAGCAAAGGUGGCAUGGCUAAGAAGUACGGUGGCUUCUUCCGCAAGCCGGGGGAGAGGGCGGCCUCUGAGGUGGAGGAGGACUACCCAGAGCUGGAAGCCAGGGAGACAGGUGACCACGGGGAGGAGCCUGAGGAAGGAAACCUCAAGGAUGAGAUGAAGCGCUACGGGGGCUUCCUUCGCAAGUACCCCAAGCGGAGCUCGGAGCUGGCACCCGAGGGGGAGGGGCAGGAGCUGGAGGACCUGCACAAGCGCUACGGGGGCUUCAUGCGCAGGAUCCGCCCCAAGCUCAAAUGGGACAAUCAGAAGCGCUAUGGGGGCUUCCUGCGGCGCCAGUUCAAGGUGACGACGCGGUCGGAUGAGGACCCCAACGCCUACUCGGGGGAGGUCUUGGACCUGUAGAAACUCGCCCCCCACCAGCCAAGAUACUUCCAGUAGGGACUGCAUCACUCCUCCUGACCCACAUCACCCUCCCGUGCUCAGCUGCGCUCUGCAGGCAUCACACCCCAAUCCGUCCUUUGAGUGAUACCCAGGUGCACCACCCUGCUGCCGCUUCCCUGAAGAGCCAGAUGUUUAGAAACCAGGCAGGGAUUGCAGCCGGCAAUGUUUCUCCCCAGUUUCUGUCUCUCUCAGCUCUGGGACUUGGACCAGUACUAAUCCAAUCGGCCCAGCUAUGGGUUUAGUUCAGCUGUAUGGAAAGCAGGUUACUUUUAAUUAAGUCUCAGAUGACUGACUGUUAAUCCUCCUUGUGACCCUUAGCGAUGAGCCCAACUCAAGCUCCCACCCUCCACUCGGAAUACCCCAAACACUGGGAAAGUUCAGCUCUGGAUCCAAACUUGGUGGCUGGCCCCUUUGGUCCUUUGUGGACCAAACCAGAGCUCCAGGUCCAAAGGCCUCCCAGCUUUGGAGGAGUUUGGCUCUAGCUCCAAAUUGGAACCAUACAGCUUUGCGGUGGAACCCCAUUUCCAAGGUCCCCAGCGCUGGCACCAGGUGCUGCUGGCAUUUCAAAUAUAAAUAUUCUAAUGGAAACAGAGGCAUCUGCUACUUGCCUUCUAGUCUAUCCAUUCAGAUGCCUUUGCUCAGAACAUCCCAAUUGUUCUCUAAUUGCACAGUGUCUCCCAGGGGGACCUGUGUUUGUAUGGGAGGGCAUCUAUCCUGGAGAGCAAGGCGGGCUUGCCCUAUAGGACCCUGACUUGCUUCAUUAUAUUCCAACUAAAUCACAGCUGUGACCCUUUAUAAUACACAUGAGAGAGGCACACUUCUAAUGAAGCGAUGAAAUCACAAUAGUGUUGCACUUCUGAAGGCACCCGAGUCAACCUCUCGUUUGUCACCUGGGGAUUUAUGCGCACAGUCAUUAAGGGAGCAGAGUGAAUGUAGGUAUUGUGCUGCCAGAUUUGCUGGCACAGUCUGAUUCUUUGUGCCUUGGAGUGAUUGUGUGCACAGAAUUGCAGGUGCAAAUAAGUUGGAGCACAAACUGACACUAGCUGUCCCCAUUCUGUCUCUGCCCACAGGGGAUCGCUCUCACACACAAUAACAGAAAUCAAUUAGGAGCCAUUUCUGAAAGUUUGGCUCAUCAUGUAGUUCUCAUUGCAACCAUCAGUGUUCUCCCCCAUCCCCCAGCUAAUGCUGAAUUGCAACAGGCCAACAAAAUGACCAUGAGACGGAGGCAGGAAAGAGCAGGGCUUGGCACAUUGUUUCCUUUUCUAACAUCAACCAUGGGCAAAAUUGGGAAAUUAAAAUAGAUGAAACUUAAGAUGAAAAAGAGUGUAGAUGAGGUUGGACUCUGCCUGAGACGUACUGUUUGGCUGAGCACAGCCCUCCAUCGGCCGUCAACUGCUCCCUUGUGCUGUUCUGAAAUGUACAGAUCGUUUCGGAGUCUGGUUACUUUUCGUUAUUACAUUUACAAGAAGAAAUAAAGUUUGGUCUGUCUUGAGAUGGGCCACGUUCACCCCCUUCCUUUUCUGUACGGUAAAUAAAAAGAUGU